CUCCCGCGGCGGUAUCGAACAUGGCCGCCGUCCUCCCCGCUGGACUCGGCGUCGGACUGUCGGAGCCGUCUUCACGGAGCGCUCCUCUUCACUGACCCAAACCAAGGAGCAGGAGCGCUGCGGCCGGCCGAGAACCGGAGCCGACAGGCGGGCAGCGCCAGCUCCCGUCCGCGUCCCCCUCCGGAAUCCAGUCCGGACUCCGAUGGCUCCUCCGUGCGUUCGGGAAAAAGGCGGAAGCACCCGAGGAGCUACGAAGCUACGGAGCCAUAGCCACUAGCCCGCUAACCGCGCUGUGUGACGGUGCGCGUCCACGGCGCUGAUUCUACAGGAGUUGAGGACAACAGAGGGACACAUUUAACUGAAGACGUCCUUCUUUAUGGAGCCACAGCAGGACGACUUGAACUGAGACAUCUCUGACACUCUGUAAGACACAUCGCUCUCCGUAAACCUCAGGAUGUCGAGCAGGAGGAAAUCCACCACGCCCUGCAUGGUGCCCCCUCGAGAGGCCGUGGACUCGGACCAGGAGAUGGAGGACGUCACGGCUGAGCCAGAGGACAGUAACGGCGUGGCGGCGGCGGCCUCCUCCUCGGAGCUCCCCGGUCUCCUGGAGGAGCAGGCCGAGGACGCGGACCUGAAGUCGGUGUCGGACCACUGCCUGGACUCCAGCGCGGCGGAGGGAGGCUACGAGUGCAAAUACUGCAGCUUCCAGACGUCGGAGCUCAACCUGUUCACCAUGCACGUAGACACGGAGCACCCGGACGUCGUCAUCAACACCUCGUACGUCUGCAUGGAGUGUGACUACCACACCAAGAGUUACGACACGCUGCAGGCCCACAACGCUCGCCUCCACCCGGGCGAGGACAGCUUCACCCGGACGAUGGUGAAGCGAAACAACGAGACGGUCUUCCAGCAGACGGUCAACGACCUCACCUUCGACGGCAGCUUCGUCAAGGUGGAGGACGACGAGGCGGAGGAGACGUCCCGCCGAGGCAUCGCCCUCAGCAAGACGCCCAUCAUGAGGAUCAAGAGCCGGCCGGACCCCAAGAAGUUCUCCACCCUGCACAAGAUGGCCGUAGACGACGUCAUCAAGGUGGAGAGCGACGACGAGGACGACGAGAACAAGGAGCCGCCCACGCUGUCUCCGGCCCCGGUGACCCCCGUCAGCGCCGCCGCCAUCACCCCCCGCCUCAUCCAGGUCUCCACGCCGAUGCAGGUCCACGCCGUCCCGCAGAGCAUCAUGGUCAACAGCCCCAACCUGCUGCAGAUCAAAGGGGGCUCGGGCGGCGCCGUGCUGCCCCCCGGGACGCUGGCUCAGGUUCUGUCGGCCCUGCAGAACCAGCAGAACUGUUCUCAGACGCAGACUCAGCUCCUCAUCCCCAUCAGCAGCAUCCCCACCUACAACACGGCCAUGGACAACAACGUCCUGCUGGUCAGCGCCUACAACAGGUUUCCGUAUCCUUCGGUGUCGGAGAUCAUGGGUUUGUCUUCACAGACGAAGUUCAGCGAGGAGCAGAUCAAGGUCUGGUUUUCUGCUCAGAGGCUGAAACACGGAGUCAGCUGGACGCCGGAGGAGGUUGAGGAGGCGAGGAGGAAGAAGUUUAACGGCACCGUGCAGACCGUCCCUCAGACCAUCACCGUCAUCCCCGCCAACAUCGCCGCGGCCACCAACGGCCUGCAGUCCAUCUUCCAGACCUGCCAGAUCGUCGGCCAGUCGGGCCUCGUCCUCACGCAGGUGGCCGGUAACGGGAGCGGCAUGCCGGUCGCCUCCCCCAUCACCCUGACGGUCGCCGGCGUCCCCGGCAACCAGCCCAAAGCCGCCGAACCGUCGACGUCUGAAUCAAAGACAGAGAUGUCGGCCGGCGCGGCGCUCAGUCUGGACGCGUCGGCGGCCAAACCGAAGAAGUCGAAGGAGCAGCUGGCGGAGCUGAAGGCGAGCUACGGACGGAGGCAGUUCGCCACCGAGGCGGAGAUAUCGCGACUCAUGCAGGUCACCAAACUUUCCAAACGGGCGAUAAAGAAGUGGUUCAGUGACACGCGCUACAACCAGAGGAACUCCAAGGAUCACCACGGCGUCCUGCUGAGCGAGGCCCCGCCCCCUAAAGUGCUGGGAGGCGGACGAGGAGGGAGGAGCGGCAGCCUUAACGACAGCAACAACAGCGACAGCGCCGCCGCCACCACCAUCGUCAUCGACUCCAGCGACGACGCCAGCGAUUGCUCCCCGACGUCCGCCAACGCCCCGUCCGGCUCCACCAGCGACCCUCGGGUCAAAUUCCGCCACGCCUUCCCGGACUUCACGCCGCAGAAGUUCAAGGAGAAGACUCCGGAGCAGCUGCUCAUCCUGGAGGCCAGCUUCCAGAAAUCAGACACGCCUCCGGACGAGGAGCUGAGCCGACUGCGAGCCGUGACGAAGCUGACGCGGCGCGAGGUCGACGCCUGGUUCACCGAGAGGCGGAAAAUGCCCUCGAAGGAGGACGAGGACGAGGGGGACGGCGAGAACGUGAAACCGGCCGCCGCGGCUUCGUCCUUGGCGCGGGAGCGUCAGAGCACGCCGCCCUCCAGCAGGAAGACGAUGAAGAAGACGCCGGAGCAGCUCCACAUCCUGAAGAAGGCCUUCGUCCGCUCACAGUGGCCGACGUCGGAGGAGUACGACGAGAUGGCGGAGGAGAGCGGCCUGCCGAGGACGUACAUCGUCAACUGGUUCGGAGACACAAGAUACGCCUGCAAGAACAGCAACCUGAAGUGGUUCUACCUCUACCAGAGCGGAAAGGUGGACGAGGCGCUGAACGGUGGAGCUAAGACCCAGAAGAAGUCCAGGAAGCGUUUCCGCGGUUGGUCCAGGAGGACACGCCGGCCGUAUCCCUGCAAACGUUCACCACAGGGGGGCGCCACCACCAUCAAGGUGAAGUCCGGUAAGUCGUUCCUGAAGGACUACUUCCUCAAACACCGAGCCCUGAGUGAGAAAGACCUGGACGACCUGGUGACGAAGUCCAGCAUGAGCUACGAGCAGGUGAGGGACUGGUUCUCCGAGGCCACCAAGAGGUCAGAGGAGGGCAAGGAGCCCUUCAGCGAAGAGGAGGCCGAGGGAGAGGGAGAGGAAGAGGACGAAGAGGAGGAGGACGAGGAAGAAGAAGAGGAGGAGGAGGAAGAAGCUGCAGCAGAUCAUGCAGACAGCGAAGGGGAGAUGGAGGUGAAAGAACAAGGAGAGGAAGCCACUGACGACGACUGCAACGAGGAAGAGGAGGAGGAAGAUGAGGACAAGGAGGAAGCCGAGGGGGAUGAAGAUGAAGUCAUCCAGGAGGAAUCUAAAGGCGUCAGCCAAUCACAGCCCCAGACAGAGGAGCAGACAUGAGCAGAGAGCAUCAGCGUUGCCCCCCCCCCCCCGACAUUGAGGACGACGUGUCAGUGUUUCUCAGCUGGAGGACACGUUAACUAAACGGACGGGUUUGUGCCUUUUUGAGAUGAACUUUGGGUUCCGAUGCAGCUGAGAAGCACUGAGACGAUGGAGCUGAAUCAAAAGGACAAAGAACCAGGAUGUAGUUUGUUUUUCACUGAUGAACUGUGGGGACCAAUCAAAACGCGCAGGACGACUCACCAAAACGUCGCUGCGAGCGAGUAAGUUCCACCCCUGUACAAAUAACCAGGCUUUUAUUUUGGUGGGAAUGACAGGGCUUUUAUGUCAUUUUUCAUACACGAAAAAAAAAAGAAAUGUUUUUAAAGUAAGAGGUGAGACCUCGCAUGGGUUUUUCUCAACAAUAAAGAAUAACUUUUUUCAGAAUAAAGGAACAUUUUCUUAAGAGAACGUCCUCGCUCCAAACAAUGAGAACAUCCUGCUGUUCUGUGUUUGUUUUAUUAUUUUGUGAAUAGACAACUCAAAUUAGUGCCAUUCUGUUUAUACGUUCUUGUUUCAAAUCAAAAGAGAAUCGGUGCUGGAUUGAAUUCCACAUCUGCGUUUUGACUUUUUUGUAUUUUUUUUUUAAAGUCUUAACGAUAUAUAUAAAUAAAAAAUGGGGACUGAAUCCAUUAUACUUUUAUUCUGCUAUUAUGAGUUCUUUUGAAUAUGGUGAUACUUUCUAUGUAAGCAGGUGUUUGGGUCCAUUCAGUUUCAAUGACAUCGAUUCAGUUUGUGAAGAUACCUUUCAAAAUAAAAUCGCUGAAGGAUGGAAAACAAGAGACACUAAAGGGAAAGUCCACCUUAAAGCUUUUUCACUUAUCUUAUCCAAUUUAUUAUUCUAUUUAUUGUUAUAAUUAUUAUUAUUACAUACUUUAACAUAAGAAACUUCAAAUAGAGCCCAACAAUAACUGUUUUUAUCUCUUUUAGUCUCAAAAGUACAAUAAAAUUAUAUAAUAAACUUGAAUAAAAUACAUUUCUGUUUAAAGUUUGUUACUUUACAGCUGACAAACUAUUUAUUGAAACAUCUGUGAUAAGAAACAAUCUGUAAAUUCUAUUAUUUUAUUAUGUAUUGAUCAGGUUUUAAUUAUGAUUAUUGAUGAGUUACAGGUGUUUCUAUUGUUUAGUUUUUACAAAACAACUAAACCGCAGCAUAAUCUGAACAUUACAAUCUUCAUUAAAGAGGAUUUAUAGCAGCAGACUGUUUCUUUUUAUAUCACAAUGAAUUAAAUAUAUUUGUAUUUUUGACUGUUGGUUAUCUAAAGAUUAUGGUUUAUUCUCACUUUCACUUUAAUGGACAAAAUAAUUAAUCAUGGAAAAAAAAGGGGGCAGAUUAAUCAAGAGUGUUAAUAUAAUAUUAAAGUUUAUAUUUAUGACAUGAAAUAAAGAAAACGUUGAGCCGUUGGAAAUCAUUAUGACUGUUUUAUUACUCUAUUCUAAUAAAUCAAGGAAAUAAGGGGCAGAUUAAUAAACAUUUAAAUGUUUUGUAAAAUAUUCAGUUUAUAUUUAUAAAAUGAAAUAAAGAAAAUCUUGGUCUCUUUUUUUUACAUUUAAUUGACAACAUACUGAACCAAACAAAUAAGAAAAAGAAUAAUCAACAAUUUUAAUAUUAUCUUAUAUCUUCUUUAGACCCACCAGCAGUUUAAAAAACUUAAAAAAUAUAUUCUAUUUAUAUUAAAGAUAUAAAACAACUACAUUUUUUGACAUUUAAUGGACAUAAUAAUGAAUUGAUUAUUCAACAAUUUAACUUUUAUCUUAUGUCUUCUUUCGUCCGACCAA